GGCACAGUCAGAGACAAGCCCACUCAGUGCUAGCUAGCUACCAUGUGUACACUUCUCUACUGCCAUCAUGCCUAAAGAUAGACUUUUGGAACUCAGAACAGGUCAAGCAGAAAUAAGAAGUGGCCUUGGCAAUGGGAACUAUGCUGGUAGCUCCACUGAACAGGAAGAUGGGAAAUCAAAGAAAAAAACUUCCAAAAAGAUAAGAAACAACCAAAAGACUAUUGAUGACUUAUUUAAGGAGAUUCAACAAAUCAGAGCAUGGUUAGAAGCUGUGGAAGAAGAAACCAAACUAGUCAAAAGAUUGCACUCAACAAUCUUACAUUCUACACGGACCGAACAAGAUACCAAAGAUAAAUUGAUGAACGCCAUGAUAAAAAUUAAAACCCUUUCCCUAAGAGUUCGAUCAAGCCUCAAAGCCUUAGAGAAACAGAAGGAGGAGAAGGUGUCAUCGGUGGAGGGAAGAAUGGUGUCAAUACAACAUUCAGCAUUGUCCAAGAGGUUCCAGACAGCAAUGGCGGACUACCAAGGAGCUCUGGCCCAUCAUAAGGAUCAAACAGAGGCGCGGAUCAAAGCUCAACUCAGGAUAGUAAUACAGACAGUAAUGCGGCGGCCUGCUGUUCUAGCGGGCUCAAACAUCCAAUCUGCGGACGAAAUAGAGGCUCUUCUAGACAAAGAGACUACUCAGGUCUUUGUGGACAAUUAUGUCCAUGAGACACAAGCAAUGAAACUUGCCUUGCAAGAUGCAAAGAUUAGGCACAAAGAAAUGAUGGAACUUGAGAAGUCUAUCAGAGAACUUCAUGAACUGUUCACCGACUUGUCAGCAAUGGUGCACACUCAGGGUGAGAUGAUUAAUGUGAUUGAAUACAAUGUGGCAAGAGGGACCUGUGAGGUGACGAUGGGUAACAUAGAGAUGUCUGAGGCCUAUACCAAGAAAAAGUCAGCCAGGAGGAAAAAGCUAUGGUGUUUCGUCUUAGUGAUGAGCAUUGUAGGGGUUAUCCUGGUGUACGCUGCUCUCCAUACUCUUGUUACAAGUAUGCUCACGUUUUAGACACGAGUGUCUAGUGCAUCAGUAUUUCCCAUCCUUUACAAUAUGCGGGUAUCAUACUUUUCUUUUGAUUCAUUGAUUCCAAUCCUUAACUCCGAUUGAAAGAACCUUGUUUGGAAUUCUUUUUUCUUAUAAUAAAUGUUAUUAUUAUAAAACUAUUAGCUUUACUGACCAAUAAUAAUUUGACUGCAUUAGAAAGAGAUUCCAGAUUUGAAGUUACAUUUGCUCAUAUCAGUUAUCCGGAUUUUUUAAAUCUAAAAAGUAACAACAAUCUUCUAUAAAAAACAAUUUCAUUCUGUAAAAUAUAAUUAAUUGUAAUUUCUACAAUAAUUAAGGCAGGGAAUCUGUGUAAAGUACCUAUUAGCUUUAGUAUUUGUAAAUAAAUUUUUCUACAAAA